AAAGAAUAAAAAAAGAAAUAAAACGCGAACCAUCCAAGUUUCUCGAUGCGAAUCCCUAAAUCAUCUGAGAAGGGAUAGGAGAGAAGGGAGGUAGAGGGUACAUAGACCCCAUACUCAUGCAGAUGCACGAUUUAAAUGCAAAGUGGAUGCGGAGAGUUUCGCCAUGGGUCUGCUGGUUGAUCAUAAAUUUGGAAGUCGUGCAGCACGGAGUCAUUGGCCGACUCCGUACACCGUAGGGCAAAUUUCGUGCCCGGCGAAAUUUCCCGUCUACACGGGGCUUCGGAGAGACGACAAAGGGGAGAAAGAAAGAGAAAAAGAGAGUGAAGAUGGGGGGGGGAAAUAAAGGAGGAGGAGGGGGCCGGGUUUUAUCGAGAGAAAAAAACUUUCCUUCGUCUUCCUUUUCUGCAUCAUUUCGCGAUCGAUCGAUCAUAAAGUUCUCAUUUUGCCAUCGAGCAAUGAGAUCUCGUGAGACGAAAUAACGUAAGACAGACGAUCGUCGUCGUAGAUCAUUGAUUUUGUCUCGUUGAUACUUUGAAUAAAUCGAACGAUUAUUUCUUAGGGGAAAUUUAGAUUAAAAAAACGUAAAUGGACAUGGAGAAACGAACGAGAAGGUAGAACAAUUAGGUAUUUUCGAAAGACCAAAAGUUAUGUUGAAAAUAAAGAUAGUGACUCUAUACGGAGCUUGAUUUCGUUCGCAGGUGUGAUUUGGUGGUGGUGGUGGCCGCCGCCGCCGCAAACGUAAGAAAACAUGGAACAAAUUUCUCGGCGUCAUGGCGGCCGGUGACGACGGCGGCCAAUGACGGCAGUAGAGUAGUGGAGGUGGUGGUAGUGGUUGCGGUAACGGCGGCGGUUGUUUUAACGUUAGCCGGCCGCUCGAGUGGCCACCUGGUGCCGGUGCACUGUAUUAAAGACGCUAGCUUCGCGCGGUCGCACGCGCGCACGCACACAUCCUCUCGGACACACGGAGAGGAGAACACGGUCGCUUGCUUGCACGCCAAAGGCAGCGCGUAACGAGAAAGAGUAGGACAGAGUUACUCGUUCGGUUGCACGAGAGACCGAGAGAGAGUGCCGAAGAAAGAGAGAGGUACUGUGGGAGGGGAAAGGGAAGAGGAAGGGAGUGUUGGGGGAGAGGGAGGGGAAAGAGCGCGCUCGAGAAAAGGAAAACGAGAGAGAGCGAGAGAGCGAGAGAGCGAGAAAGAGAGAGAGAGAAAGAGCAGGGUACAAACUCGUGGCGCGGAGGUGCCAGCAGGCAGCAGCGGAGCCGGAGACGGAGACGAAGACGGAGAGUCAGAGGUAGCCCCGUGCUUGUGGCCGCUCGUGGCUCCUUGUAACUCGUUGUAACGCGACGCGAAGGUGUGCCUGGCUCUCUCGUCGUUGCCCGUUACCUCGGUACCAGCACUGCCGAUACGCGCGUCCCAGCAGGGACAAACGGAAGUGUCGAAGCGGCUCGCGCCAGUGUCGGUAGUGUGAUGUGACAUCGGCUCGCUCUCGUACCAGACGCGGCCGUCACCGUCUUCUUCUUUCUCUUUCUCUCUUUCUUCACUCUUUCUUUCCCCUAUCUCUAUGUCCCUUUCUUCUUUUUCCUUUCUCUCUCUUUCUCUUUCUCUCUCUUUCACUCACUCACUCACUCACUAGCUCAUACAACACACAGGGGCACAAGUUCCUUGUCUGUCCUUUUCUUUGAAGCUCUCACUCGCGCGUAUAUACUUUAAAUAUAUACACGGUGCGCACGCACAAACACGCACGCAUAUUCUGUCUUACUUUGACUACUUAUUACUACUUACUACACUACUGCUACUACUACUACUACUACUACUACAUUGCCUCGUUCAAUUGUCGAAGGAAAAAGAAAGAUCUUGUGGCAGCGUUAAGAUACGAAAGUUUUUGCAAGAAACAUCCUCCAGACACAACUCGUUACGGAACAGGAACUGUUCGUGUGUCACGAAGAAUUAACAACGUCAUUUCGCCGUCGUCGUCGUCGUCGUCGUCGUCGUCGGUGUUGGACCAUCAACGGACAAUUUCUUUCGCUGUUGUCGUCGUCCUCGUCCUCGUCCUCGUCUCGGAUAUCGAAGAUAUCUCCUCGCGAGUCUACGUAGCGCCGUUACGUCGAACGGACCAUGAGUUAUAGAAAAAGGAAGACCUGUGAGUUGACGGAAAUCUGAUUGGUAUUGAAAGAAAAAAAAAAGGACAAAAGUUGAUUAUAAUUGAUUGAGGAGUCUCAUCGAAGGGAAAGGCAGACGGACGGACGGGUGUGGAUUAAAGGUGCGCUCAGGAUGGUGUAUAAUUUUACGAAGAUCGAGAGGAUUCGAGUAGCGUUGAGAGCGUACAGGAGUAUAACCAGCUGAGGAUGUCGGAGCAAAACGGGCCCGGCGAUGGCCCGGGACCUGGCCCAGGCUGGUGGCCGUCAACGCAAUCCUGGAAAUCGUCCGGUUCCGUUGGAUCUAACUCGUCGUCGUCUUCUACCUCCGGUACAAGCGGCGGCACCACUUCCGUUUCUGCCACCGCCGCCACCACCGCACCCUCCACCGGAUCGGUGGGCUCAUCGGUUUCACCAACGUCCUCGUCCACCUGUUGUUCUUCAUCGUCCAUCGGUAAUUCUUCCACGAUGACCACUACUCGUUCCACGGAAACGGGGAAGAACGUUUCCGUAACUGCGAUCAAUGUCCCACCUACGCAUCACGAGAUGCACGAUGGGAAAGGCAUCUGUAAAUAUCUAGGAGGUCAAAAUGGCGUGACGGUGUCCGUAGUUUCAAAUUGCGGCUCGGUACUCGGGUGCACGAGUAGCACCAGCAGCAACGUGGGCUCGCAUGGCAUCGGGAUCGGUAUUCUCAGUUCAAAUGCCACGAAUAUCGACGACGCGGACGACAGCGACGGUGAAAUAAGCAAGAUCGACUUCCGCGGUGUCAAUCUAAGAACCAAGAAGAAACGAGAUAUCUCCGUAAAUCAGAGCGGUGAGAAAAUCGGCGAUUGCGAUGGCGAAGGUGAAAGCGGAGCUUGCGACGGCAACGAUACGUCUCAACAACAACAACCAGAGAGACCUAUGUCAUGGGAAGGAGAGCUAUCCGAUCAAGAAAUGUCUUCGAAUACCCUUACUAAUCAGGACGAUCACGAAGAAACGUCGAUGGAAGGUGUUCAAGUUUGCGGUUCCAGUCCUGGACCUAUGGAACAGAAGUUUCCAAUAAAACCAGAACCAGAUUUUCGAUCGAGUUCAGGAUACGGGCUUUCGGGAAACUUAUCUUUAAGUCACAAUCAACAAUUACAGCAACAACGUGGUAUCGAAAAUCUUGAACAAACUCAACAGAGUGAUUUACCUCUUCUCGUGGGAAAAUUAUUGGGCGGUUAUAACAGUUCUACUCCAAAUCACAGUCCGGUUCUUAAUCCAAGACAUCAUUUGACCAAACACAGUCACACGCGAUCGCAGGUACCAUCGCCAGAUUCAGCUAUUCAUUCUGCAUACAGUGUCUUCAGUUCUCCGACACAAAGUCCUCACGCUGCAAGACACUCCGCCUUGGGAGCAGGAAGUCCUAUUCCUUCUUCCUCGCUUUCCUUAUCUCGACAUAGUUUCAAUAAUUCGACGUCCUCGUUGUCACUCUCCCUCUCUCAUUCGCUUUCACGUAACAAUUCAGACGCUUCGAGCAGUUGUUACAGUUAUGGCUCUUUGAGUCCACCCACGCAUUCUCCCGUCCAGCAACCUCGACAUCCGCACGCUCACUCGCAACAUCAGCAUCAACAAGUAGCACAAGGUAGUCCUUUGCAUCUUCCAACGGCUGCUUCUUCGGCCGUGAACGCGCACCAUUAUUCCUCUUCCGCGCCAGGAUCGGAACUUUCUUCGGAUGGGCAUCCUGGAACAGAAGAUCAAGAAGACUGUAGAAUACCUGCUGCACCAUCUGGUAUUUCCACGAGACAGCAGUUAAUUAAUAGCCCCUGUCCGAUCUGCGGUGAUAAGAUCAGUGGAUUUCAUUACGGUAUAUUCUCGUGCGAAUCGUGCAAGGGUUUUUUCAAGAGGACCGUCCAGAAUCGCAAAAAUUAUGUGUGCCUUAGGGGUGCAGCUUGUCCUGUUACCGUUGCCACAAGAAAGAAAUGCCCUGCUUGUCGAUUCGACAAGUGUCUCAAUAUGGGAAUGAAGCUCGAAGCGAUCAGAGAGGAUCGUACCAGAGGUGGUAGGAGCACUUAUCAGUGUACAUAUACAUUACCGACUAAUUUCAUCGGUAGUUCUGCAAACAAUAUGACGACUGGCGAUAAGAUAAACGCUGCUGGUAAUUGCAGUCCUGCACCGCCUGGCAGUGAACAUCAUUAUUCUGUCAGACAUCAUUCGAAUCAUUCGUACAAAGUACAAGUAGUUCCACAACUUUUGCAAGACAUCAUGGACGUGGAACAUCUUUGGCAUUACAACGACAGUGAUCGUAUAACUGGUAUUCAAUCUGGUGUGAUAACUUCGGGCGGAGGUAGAAAUGCUCCCGGCAGUGACAUGUUAUUAGGAAGCGGAAACGGUGCUGGAGCUAAUGUUUCUUCAGGUAGAAGUGGAUCUGCUACCAAUGGCUCUAGUACUGACUGUCCCACCAACGGACACGGUACUAAUAAUAUUAAUAACAGAAGAGACGACAAUAUCGCAAGACCUUGUUCAACAGACUCGACUUCGACAGGUAGUCACGAACAAUUAUCGGCUAACUCUGGCAACGUUGGCAAUUGUAAUUCUCGAAUGUGCGGAAAUUCUAAUGGCAAUCCAUCGACACAUCCGGACUUUAUUUCGAAUCUUUGCAAUAUUGCCGAUCAUCGUCUCUAUAAAAUAGUUAAAUGGUGUAAGAGUUUGCCGCUUUUCAAAAAUAUUUCUAUCGACGAUCAAAUUUGUCUACUGAUCAAUUCUUGGUGCGAGUUGUUGCUUUUCUCUUGUUGUUUCCGCAGUAUGAGUACUCCUGGUGAAAUAAGAGUAUCUCUCGGCAAGUCGAUCACAUUAGAACAAGCCAGACAGCUUGGUUUAGCGACUUGCAUCGAGAGGAUGCUAGCUUUCACCAAUAAUUUGAGAAGGCUGAGGGUGGAUCAAUACGAAUACGUUGCGAUGAAGGUAAUAGUAUUACUGACAUCUGACACCAGUGAAUUGAAAGAACCCGACAAAGUUAGGGCCUCUCAAGAAAAGGCUUUGCAGGCACUUCAACAAUAUACUAUUGCCAGAUAUCCAGAAAUGCCUGCUAAAUUUGGGGAACUAUUAUUGAGGAUUCCAGAUUUACAAAGAACGUGUCAAGUAGGCAAGGAAUUGUUGAGUGCAAAACGUGCUGAAGGAGAAGGCAGCUCGUUUAAUCUGUUAAUGGAAUUAUUGCGAGGCGAUCAUUAAAAUCAUUGUUGGGACAGUGAACAAUGCCAUUCCAUGCUUAUAGGGUCCAUAAGCUUAGGGAAUUGGAAUUCGCUAAGUAAAUAAAAAGCUGUUAAAACCAGUACCGAAAUGACUGGAAUUAUACGCAUGGUCUAUAAUAUUAGCACUUGGUGAGGGGGUUACGUUCGUAUAAAUUUAGCUGAAUAUUGGAAAGCUGAAGUCUAAAAGAAAAUAAGAAGGAAAAAAACGUUUCUCUCAAAAUGCUUCCGUAUUAAACUCGCAUGCUCGCUGCCUUGAACUAUAUCAAUUUCGAUGCGGCCUAAAUUAUGCUCGAAAUGUUCGGCAUGCGUGUAGAUGCAAAUGAGACUGAAAAAAAAAAGAAAAAAGAAAUAACUGACGGUGACACACAGAGCAUUUACUUUUACAAUAAUGAGCGUUGUACAAAGAAAGUUGAUAUGAUGUAGGACUAAAAAAAUGCUACGAUCUAUUUAGAUAGGUCAAAUCCGUCCCAUUGACUUCUUUACAAUAAUGUGUAUAGUUCGUAAUUGGGGCGGAAAUUACCUUUAUUCAUGAUUGUAAUAAAGCAACCAGUAUUUUAUAUUGUUCUCUGCUUACUUAAGAAUAUGGCAUAAAAAUGUCUUAUAUCCCGGUUACAAAAGUGUACUUAAAACAUCAGUCGACCAAUUGCUUAUUUAUAAGGUAGUUAAUCGAAUAAUAAUUCAUAGUUAAUAAUAGUUAGUAUGUAUCCAAUGGAAAAAGCGAUUUAAAAAAAAAUUCAUAUUACAUUUUUUAUUCUUUUACACAUGACGUAACGCGUUACAUCAGUAAAUAAAAUAGAAUUAUAUUUCUUUAAAUAUCAGAGCAGGCACAAAUAUUCAUUUAAGCUUUUCAUGAAAUAGUAUUUACAGUGCGCUUGGCAGCUAAAUUAAAAUGCAUACGAAUAAAUCAUUAUUAGAAGAAACAAUAACUGUAUUAAAAGCCAUGAUGCUGCUCCAAUAGAUUUAAAUAUUUAAUCUACAAUAUUAUUACAGCGGCUACAUAAGUUGAAUUAAACAAAUCAGGUAGACAAACGAUGGUUUCAUUUCCUUGUUUAUUUUUCAAGAACAAUUCGUUCUAAAACCCGAUGUUAAUUAUAUUAAAUUUAUUUCAAGUGAUAAACAAAGGAAAGGAAAACAGAUAACGGUAAUGUUCAUUUGCACAUUCGUACGUAUGUCUCUGAUAAGAAUUGUAUGCUGUCAGCAUGUGAUUUGGAAAAGUCGACUUAUGUUUUUCGUAAAAAAAAAAAAAAUUAAAAACAAUAAACAAUUAUCAUAGU